AUGAACACAUCAUAUACAUUUGAUAAUGAAACAUUUACAAUAGCAACAACAAUUCGAACUACUAAAAAGUAUUAUGUUGCAAAUCCAUUUGAUUCAUGGUAUAUUGGUGGUCUUCUAUUUAUGGUGACUGUUAUUUUAGUGCUACUUUAUGCAAACUUUUAUCAUGAAAAUUCUUUUCAAAUUUUAUGGGCUCGAUUAUUAAUAAAACUUCGUUUAAUACAACCAUCGUCAUUAACGAGACCUUCUUCACAUGCUGUAAUCAAUGGAGUUCUCCUUUGA